AAUAUAUUUUUAAAAUCAUUUAGUAUAUAAGUCAACAACAGUUUGGGGUAUUCAUCUUUACUUCUGGAUAAGGCACAACUUACAACUCUCUCGUGAUGGCGGACGCAGCUGCAGCGAUCACAACGAUUCAGUCCAUGCAACUAGCUCUGCAGUUGCUGCAGACUGUUACUCCAAGUGCAUGGAGGUUUCCAUCUCAAUGUGCCAUUAACAAUGGUGAUACAUUUGAUUUCAUCGUUGUGGGCGGAGGAUCAGCUGGUUCCGUCAUAGCUAGCAGACUUACAGAAAACAAAGAUGUCAACGUUUUGCUUAUUGAAGCUGGAGGAUAUCCUCCUUUGGAGUCAGAAUUGCCAGCCUGGUUUACGCUUCUAGCACGCUCCAAAUACGACUACAACUUCACAUCAGUGAAUGAUGGUAUAACUGCACAGAAUCUUCAAGGUAACUUCGUCACCAUGGUCCAAGGCAAGAUGCUAGGCGGGAGCAGUGGCCUACAUCACAUGAUGCACACCUACGGCGACCCAGAGGAUUAUAACAACUGGGCAAGAAUCCUAAACGAUACAAAGUGGUCCUUCGAAUAUGUUCAAAAAUAUUUGAAGAAAAUGGAAACUUUAGUAGAUAAGAAACUUCUCGCAUUAGACAACGGUACAUACCAUGGCACGGAUGGACCAUUAAAGAUAGCUCAAGAAAGAUAUGCCUCGAAUAUAAAUUAUUUGGAGGCUUUUGCUGAACUUGGGCAUGAUAUAGUGGCAGAUAUAAACUCACGAGACCCUGCUCUUGGCUAUGGAGAGAAUCUGUUCGAGAUCGCUGAUGAAAUACGUCAGAGCAGCGCUUUAGCAUACCUAGGACGGGCUCAAAAUCGCUCCAACUUAUGUCUAUCUCUAUUCACUACUGCGACUAAGAUUUUGAUUAAGGACAAGGUAGCCAAAGGAGUUCAAGUGACCUCAUCCACUGGAGAAACGUAUGAAUUGUUUGCAAAGAAUGAGGUGAUAGUUUCUGCUGGUGCAAUAAAUAGUCCGAAACUGCUCAUGCUUUCAGGCAUUGGACCGAAGGAACACUUAGAAUCACUAGGUAUCGAAGUAAUAUCAGAUCUACCAGUUGGACAAAACUUGCAGGAUCAUGCGUGUGCUGCAAUAGCAUAUCAAAUGGACGUUUGUGAUCCAAAUCCUCCAGCUUCGAACCCUCACAAAUUUCCCGUACCUUCUUUCAACGGUUAUGUUUCACUCAACUCUUCAAACCCUUGGGCAGAUUAUGAUACAAUCAACUUGGAGUUCCAAUGUAACUCAAGCGAUCUUCUACAGUUGAGCGUUAACAUGUUCAGCUACUCAUACAACAUCUCCCAAGCCUUUUACGAUGCAAGUAAAGAUAGGAAAGUAUUAUUCACAUUGCUCGGUUUGGUCAUGCCCAAAUCUAGAGGCAACAUUACUUUAGCCAGUACCGAUCCAAAACACAAUCCUGUUAUUUACACAGGCAUGUUUAGUAAUGAUGAGGAUAUUGAUUUAAUAGCUAGAGCUUUUAUGGAUCAUAAUAAGGUACUAAACACGACAUUCUUUAGAGCGGUCAACGCAAGUUUAGUUGACACAGGGCUUUGCAAAGAAGCGACAAGUGACUAUGAUUUCUGGAAGUGCUAUGCAGUAUCGAUGUCAGCGACGAUGUGGCACUACGCUGGUACUUGCGCUAUGGGAACCGUGGUAGAUAGUGACUUGAGCGUGGUUGGAGUGAAGUCACUUCGUGUUGUGGAUGCAUCUGUGAUGCCCACGUUGAUUCGAGGGAAGAUUUAUGCUGCUGUUAUGAUGGUGGCUGAGUAUGGUGCUGCUAUCAUCCGUGAAGCUUGGAAUAUCUAGUGGAAUACAUUGUUUGGUCAAGUUUAUGUAAAGUUUGAAAUACUCGGUUGAUUUAAAACUGUCCGUACAUAACUGUAACCUAUUUGCCUUGUUAGUAAAUGACCAAUAUGUGUAUUGUGUUGCUUAUUAUUUUGUCAAUAAAUAUUGAUUCUGUUGCAA